UGUGGAGGUACCCGGAGGCUAACUGGCCUGGAAAGGACGAAACAACGGGAACAACAACAACAAAGCAACAUACUGUUAAAGGCUACGUUUGCGCAAAGAGCUCUAUCCGGGAUUGAGGGCAGAUGUAGCAGUUUGGUUGCUUUUCAUCCGGAACUGACGUGCUGCUGAAGAACUGGGGCUGAGGGAGCGUUCCCUCUAACCGGAAGCGAUUGCUUGCAGGUGCCCAAGGAACGUGUGACCUUUGAGCACUGUGUCCUGGCCGUCAACUCACCAUGUUCCUCGCUCGCCUGACUUCACAGCUUCUCAGGGCUGUGCCCCGGACAGGUUUGAGUCGUUCCUGGCCUGGAUCAGGGGUGAUUGGCAGCCAUGCUUUUCGACCCCUUUACAGUUCGCAGCCUGCAAGCCCAAGUCGGGCUGCCUCCCUCCCUGGUAAGGGGUCCCAGUUAGAUCUUGAGGAGUUUCUGGUCCCUAGGAAGAUGGCCAUCAGUCCGCUGGAGAGCUGGCUGACUGCUCAGUACCUACUGCCCAGACUGCAUGCUGAGGGCCCAGUGACUCUGGCUCCCUCCCAAUUCUACAAGUGUCCACCUACCCAUGGGGGGGAGGGAGCUGAGCAGGAGGGAGUCAGGGAUGCCUGGGAUGCCACUCCGCUGCAGUGCAAAAAUGUGCUGAAGAUCCGAAGGCGGAAGAUGAACCACCACAAGUACCGUAAACUGGUCAAGAGGACGCGGUUUCAACGGCGUAAAGUCCGGGAAGGACGGCUGAGAAAGAAGCAGAUCAAGUUUGAGAAAGACUUGAAGCGCAUCUGGAUGAAGGCAGGCCUAAAGGAAGCCCCUGGGAACUGGCAAACCCCAAAGAUCUACAUGAAGAACAAAUAAGCCUGGAACCCUAUUCCUCUGGCCGUCGUGCUGCUGCUGACCCAUUAUAAUAAAUGUUGGAAGGACUCAA